AACCUUUAAGAUACUGCACGCAUAAUGUAAGUCUUUCAGCAAAAGUGAUUCUGGAAAUUCGGCUCAAUCGAAUGUCAAUCUACCGGAUAUCGUUGAUCCUUUGGCAGUGCGAAUUUCGCCAAAGAUAUUCACUUUGAUUAAAAGAGAAAGAUACAUUGUCGACGAGAUUUUAAACAUGCUCCCAACUUUUAACUUCAGUGGAAAUGUAGUCCUGGCAGAUUACAUAAUAUGGAAUGCUACUGUUGAGAACUACUCUGUAUCUAGCAGUGACCUAGCUUUCGAACACCUCGCUGGUGGAGUCGACCUCAAAAUGAAAGGAUUGGCCUUUCUCGCAAAUGCGAAUGUAGAACUGGUAAUUAAUUUACCAUGGCAAAGAAGCACCAUGCUUGGCAACGUCACGUGA